AUGGUCAGAAACAAGGAGGCGGAUGAGGCAAUUGCCCUUGCUGGCGAUCAGGAGCGACCAAUUGAUCCCGUGGUGGCCAAGCGUGUUCUGCGCAAGCUGGAUUUGUUCUUCAUGCCUGCUAUGAUUGUAGGAUAUGGCCUUGUAUACUACGACAAGGCAAUCCUCGGCGGCGCAGCCCUCUUUGGUAUGACGCAGGACCUCGAGCUCAUCACACCGCCGCCUAACCCGUCGUCGCGGCGCCUGAGCUGGGCCACAUCGCUGUUUUACUUCGGCAUGCUUGCUGGACUCUAUCCCUUGACAUUCAUCCUCCAGCGGCUCCCUGUUGGUCGUGUUCUUGGAACUGUCGUUGUGAUCUGGGCUGGCACUUGCAUGCUCACGGCUGCAGUCACCUCGUACCAGGGUCUAUACAUCCAGCGCUUCUUCCUGGGAUUCCUCGAAAGCAUCAUCCCCACAGCAUUCAUGUGCAUUGUUUCCGGGUACUAUACACAGGAGGAACAGGCCCUGCGCCAGAGUUGGUGGUUCAGCGCCACGGGGUCUUUUACCGUUAUUGGUGGCGCGCUCAACUAUGGUUUUGCGCAGAUCCAGGGCGGCGGCUUGAAACGAUGGCAGUACAUCUACCUACUGGCCGGCGCUUUGACCUUAAUCUUUGGUGUCUUCUGCUACUUUGUGCCCACGUCGCCUGUUACCGCUUGGUUCCUGUCGAAAGAGGAGCGGGAGACGGCUGUUGAGCGUCUGCGACGCGGCCAGACGGGCGUUCAUUGCUCACAGUUCAAGUGGUCGCAGGUCAAGGAGUCGAUCCUGGAUAUCAAGAUGUGGCUCAUCUUCAUCAUGAUGGCAUCAACUUAUUGUAUGAAUGGUGCAGUCAGUGGAUUCGGCCCGCUGAUCGUAUCAACGUUUGGCUGGAACAGUCUCCAGUCAAUUCUCUUGCAGUUUCCACUUGGCGCGCUGUGCUUUUUCACUAUUCUUAUUGUGGGAUAUCUUGGCUCUCACUACAAGAAUAUUCGCAUCCUCAUGCUGAUUCUGACCUGUUUACCUGUCAUCGCCGGUUGCGCUAUGAUCUGGAAGAGCGAGUGGACUUACCACGCUGCGACACCAGUGGUUGGAUACACCCUCACCGGCUGUUUUGGUGGAACAGCCGUUCUGAUCAUCACAGUUGCCAUGUCAAACGUCGCGGGCAACACCAAGAAGAGCUUCAUGUCUGCCACUACCUUUAUCGCUUACUGUGUUGGUAAUAUUAUUGGGCCGCAAUUGGUGUGGUCAGAAACAAAGGCACAGCACUAUCCUGCCCUAUGGUCUGGGCUCAUCAUUUGCUACUGCAUAUGUAUUGCGGCAUCUGUAGCGUUGUAUGCCGUCCUGCGCCGAGCUAACGCGCAAAAGGACCUUGUCCUAGUAGACGAGGCAGAGUGGGCCAAGUUCGCAUUCCAGGACCUUACCGAUAAAGAAAACCCGUACUUUAGGUACACAUACUGA